AUGCGCAGUCUCUCAACCCUCCCGGCCGAGUUGGUCCUUACUAUUGUCUCGCAACUACGGAACAUCGAGGAUUUUCUUGCUCUACGGUCAACGUGUCGUUUCAUCUACGAUGUGCUGAGCCAGACUACUACACCACGCACGAUUCUCGCUCUGCUCUCCGCAUCAGCGCCAACCUUUUGCUCGCCACAUCCGCAUUUCCUCGUUGCUGCGCUCGCACGGCAGGUUUCGGCAUGGACUCUAGCCCAGCCGUCUGCCCGUAUUCCACUCCUCCGUGACUCUUUUCGCGGCGGCAUCGACUCGCUCUAUGAGUUUUGUCUGGAUCAUGCGCCGCGCGGUCUGUCGCUGGAUGAUAUACGCCGGUUGCAUGCACUGCGCUUCAGCGUAAUUAACCCGCUUACCGAUGCCAUCGAUCGCAUGGCAGGACCUCAGUGGUUCGAGGUAGACGAUUUCUGGGAUGGUGGCGUAUCGGAACCGGAGACGCUGUAUACCGAGCCUAGCAGAGCGGUGAUGCAAAUUCUGGUGUAUGGCGAGCUCUUUGGGUCUUCAUUCGAUUAUUUCCUGGAGACAACCGGGUCAUCUCAUGAGAAAGAAAUUAUACCUCCUGUUUUCAGCAUAGACGACAGGCUCGAGUUUGUCAAAUAUUGCAUCCCAGACUGGAAUUGCAACUCAUGGGGCUCCUUCCAAGUAGACUCAGUAGGCCCAUACCGAGGACAUGAAGCCAAGGCGGCCGAUCAAGCCGCGCUGCGACACAUUCUUACCUGCCGUCGCUGGAGACGUAUGUGGCGGGAUGGAAUGGCCAAGGUUCAUGCAGACGACUUCUCGACAACAACGAGUAGCAGUGAAGACGCCGAGCCAGCAGCGCAUCACUGGGUUGAUUACUUCAGUUGGGUGGGGGAUCGCCCAGAGUCCAAUAUGCAGAAUCUGUCGAGCGAAAAUUGGAGACAGAAGCUGUAUCGCGACGCGCUGGUUUUCCAGGGGCUUGAAGGGAUGCAACUUGUCACUCAGGAUCAAGUAAGUGACCGCGUCUUGGAAAAGGGGAGAUGGAUCCGACAGAAAAUUGCAGAGAUGCGCCAGCCUAUUGAGAUAACCACCUUUGGGGAAGCGCGGCCGAUGCUGGUGUCGUCUGCGCCAGAUCUCAGCCAGGAGCUCUGGUUGGGGCCUCUAGCUGGAUCACCCCCUGCUGAUAGCCAGAGUGCGCCAUCAAUCAACGAUUUGUCCUCCAUUCUCGACACCUUGACGGCAUGCCUCAACAGCGCGUCAACGUCUCUACCCUCGGCCAUUGAACCGGAGGACAAGGCGUCGUCAAACCCCACGAUUUUGCCUCCUGCCGAUGGCAUUUCGCUGCUGGACACAAAGGCCGAGUUACUUUUGUCAUAUUUGCAGAACCUAGUCUUCUUGGUCUUAUUUCAACUGCGAGCACGAGGGAAGAAUGAGAACAAUCAAGACGGCGUUUCGCGGGACGAUAUUGUCAGGAAAUUGGCAGAAUUGAGAGUGUAUAUCGACAAGGGUGUCAAGCCUCUAGAGGGCAGGCUGAAGUACCAGAUCGACAAGGUUAUCAAGGCAGCCGAGGAUGCGGAGAGAGCAACGAAAAGCUCGGGUAAAGCAGGGAAGAAGAAUAAGCAGAAAAAUAUUGAACAAUUGUCCGAUGAAGAGGAUGAAGACUCAGACCAAUCCGACGAACAAGACUCAGCAGAAGAAGAAGAAGAUGAGGAAGAAGACGAAGACGAAGACGAACAAAUCGACGAAAUGGCCUACCGUCCCAACAUCACCGCAUUCUCCAAGAAUAUGCAACAACAAAAAUCCGAAAAAGAAGCCACAAGCUCGAAGGGUCACAAAGAUCAGUCAUCAGAUGGAAUCUACCGACCACCCAGAAUCAAGCCCACCGCGCUACCAACAACCGACAGCCGGGACCGUGACCGCGACCGCGAACGACGACCAAAGAAAUCAAGCGUCAUUGAUGAAUUCGUCUCUGCCGAAAUGUCCUCUGCGCCAAUGGCACAACCUAGUAUUGGAAGCACGAUUCAACGUGGUGGACGAGGCGUCCUCACGCAAAAGGAUCGAGAACGCGAGGCAGAGCGACGUGCAUACGAAGAAACCAACUUUGUGCGCUUGCCCAAGGAAAGCAAAAAGGAGCGAGCAAAGAGACGUGCGCAAGAGGGUCCUCGUACCGGUGGCUUUGGCGGCGAAGAGUUUCGAUUACUGCGUGAGGGAGCCGAUAGGAUUGGUCGACUUACCAAGCGGGCAGCGGGCAGUUCGUCGAGAGAUGGAGCGCUGGAGAAGAGCAGGAAGCGAGCAUUUACUGAAGAUGGACCGCGCGGUGAUGGGACUGCUGUCGGACAGUCGUUUGAGAAGAGAAGGAGGAAGGUCGAGGGAUGGAAAAAGUGA